UCCUACGACAUUGGCCUCAUCAAGAACCAGGUUGCUGCCCAGACGGUUCGAUGCGACCAACUCACGACGAAUAUGUCAAACCUCGCCAACGACAUUCAGUCGAAAGUCUCUCAGCUCGAAAGCCAGAAGUCAGCCAUGUUCACUGACUUGAACGACCGCUUCACCGCACUCAAAGGUGAAGUCAACACGCAGAUCAUGAACGAGCUCCGAGCUCAAGAGGCCCGUUCUGCAAUACCAAUCUUCGACAUGGACGCUGAGCGGGGUGCAGAGGUCCACGCCAAAGUUCAACAACAGAUCGCCGCCAUCCAGGAGCAGCUUCGCACUAUCUCGACGGCUCCAUCGGUUGCUAGCACGAUCGAGGCACAGCAAGACAACACGUGCACGCUGGUCGCGAUCGGAUUCCCCCGCAAGAUGCUCGCCCGCUCCCUGAAGACGAUUGCCGACGCCAUGAAGUCUCAGUACGCACCACAGGACGCCCAGUCUCGGAUCACCGCCAAAUGCUUCGACAUGAGCAUGCUCAAUAUCAAGCUCAAUCGGGAUCAGGGCAUCAAGGGCCGCCAGUUAUUCCUCUCCACGGGCAAAGUACGCGCACUCGUCUCCAACUUGUUGGCCCCCAAGGGCGUCGAGGUCGGCAGCAACGGAUUGGGAGGUCUUGUGUACGCUUUGAAGUCAGAGAAUGAGCUCAUCGAGAUUGCCCAGAUCCAAGUCUCGGGCGACGACCUCUCGAUCUCCAUCGAGCUCGACGCCGCCGGCCUGAGAGAAUUCGGGUUGGAGACCCGGGCCGCCGCCAUCCGCGCUGCUGCGAUG